GUGAAAGGAUGUGAUGGGCUUGGAGACCGCCGAUGACACACCGUAUCCGGCGCUUCCUAGCAGCCGCAUCAAGUACCUCCUGGUGGAGAUGUUCGUCGCCACCAAGACGGCUGUGAUGGGGAACAUGUCGGAAGAGAUCAAGAAGGCACCUCUGCCCAUCGUUCACUACGGGGUCGACCUGUGGACGUGCAAGACUUCUGGGAUGAAAUUCAUUGAUGUCCAUGCGUUCAGGCGCUGUACCGGACGGCAGAAGAGGUGA